CGAAUCAGGAGAUACCCUCACCACCACCACCACCAGCACCACCACCACCGCCGCCGCUGCUGCUGCUGCACGGACACUGCGUCUCUUUGGGGACAAACCUUUUUUUUUUUUACUCCUCCUCACUUCCAGCCAAAGUCUCCGGGUGCAGCCAUGAGGUCGGUGGCCGCCUGUCUGCUGCUCGUCCUCUGCUCUGCGGGAUUUAUUGCGGGUAAAAAAGCCUCGUCGCCCUCCUGUCCGAGCGGACGGUUCCUGCUGAAGAGCCAGUGUGUCCUCUGUCAUCCCACCUGCUCCGAGUGCGUCGGACAUGAGCUGUUUGAAUGCACUACCUGUGGAGUUGAUGAAGAUGGACAGGAACGUUUCCUCCACCAAGGUCGCUGUCGAACACAUUGCCCCCGGGGACUCUAUCCUGACAGGGGUCACUAUGCCUGCCUGCCCUGCAUCGCCAAUUGUGAACUCUGCACAGAUGGCAACAUAUGUGCCAAAUGCCGGGAACACUACCAACUCCAGAGUGGGGUCUGCCAAACAGCGUCCUGUAGCACGGGGCAGGUGCAGGACCCUGAUACAGGAGAGUGCAUUGACUGUGAGAUGGGCUGUAAAGCGUGUUCCACAGACGACCCUGAGAUCUGCAGCAGCUGUCUUGAAGGUUACUUCCUUUUCAGACAUCAGUGUCGCAGACACUGUCCCCAGAGCACCUACGAGGACUGGGGCAGGGGCGUGUGUCUGUCCUGCCCAGCUCUGUGCACAGAUUGCAGGAGCGAUACACGCUGCCUUGCCUGCCAGCCUGGUUACUUCCUCAACGGAAGUGAGUGCAUCAAACAGUGUCCACAGCAAACCUUCAGUGACUCCACUGGGUGGCGCUGUCAGCCUUGCCACAGCUCAUGCCAGACAUGCUAUGGACCCCGAUCAUCAGACUGUGAGCUCUGUCUCGGUGGGAACCCUUCUCUGCACGGGCAGUGCCCUCUGGUUAACUGCCCAUUGGGACAGUACUUUGACGGGGGAAAUAGUGAAUGUCACACGUGUGAUGCAUCGUGUAAGAUCUGCUUUGGUCCUCAAGCACAGGAUUGUUCUUCUUGUUUCAAAGGGUAUUUCCUGGACCAGGACAGUUCUUGUGUUGCACAGUGUCCAUCUGGCUCCUAUGCAAACACUGUAACUCAGCUGUGUGAGGACUGCUCUCCAAACUGUGAGGCCUGCAUAGACACCAGUGAUAACUGUGUCAGCUGCGCCAAAGGCAGCUAUAGACUUUUUCUCAAUGGGGGGCGCUGCUGGUCGAAUUGCCCUGAAGGUUUCUUUGAGACAGCUGAGGGUUCAUGUGAAGCCUGUGACAGCUCCUGUCUGACAUGUGAUGGGAUCAAGUCCCAGUGUCUGUCCUGUGCUGAUGGCUACUACUUAGGCAGCGGUAUGUGUAGACUUAACUGCUCACUGCGGACGUACCCUGCGGAUGAUGGCACGUGCAGACGCUGUCCACCGCACUGUGACGUUUGCUCAAAUGACAGAAGCUGUUUCAAAUGCAGUUUCCUCUACUUGAUGCUGAAUGGCGUGUGUAAAGCUAGUUGUCCCAUGGGCUUUUAUGAGGAUAUGGAGGAGGGCCGCUGCGGUCAGUGCCAUCCUACCUGUGCCAGCUGUUCAGGGCCCUUGUCAGAUGACUGUGAGACCUGCUCAACAUUUAGCCCAAAACUCUACAAGGGUGCUUGCUCCAAGGACUGCCUCACUGGUACUUACUAUGAAACUGAAGCCAUGGAAUGUCAAGAAUGCCAUCAGACUUGCAUUAGCUGCUGUGGACCGGAAGCAAACCAGUGCACACAGUGCGAGAAGGGACUCGUGUUGGAUCCAAACACGCUGCUGUGUGGCGUGACCGGUGACACAGACUGCCCACCGGGGACCUACCUGCACGAUAACCAGUUCACCUGCAUGGGUUGCCACCGCCACUGUUACUCUUGUGAGGGGCCGGGCAACGAUGAAUGCCAGACAUGUGUCGUCCCCAAAUACCUACACAACGGGACCUGUGUGAGCGAGUGUCCGGCUGGAUCAUACAACACAAGGCAGGAAGCUGAUAGGCAGGAGCUUGGAUUCUGUUUGCCUUGUGAACAUGUUUGUUCCACCUGCACUGGGGAGUCAUCCAGAGAUUGUUUAACUUGUUCUCCAGGACACCUGCAGCUCCUUCAUCUCUGUGUCACUCACUGUCCCACAGGGUAUUACAAAGACGGAUCCCACUGUGAGAAAUGUGACCAGUCCUGUGAGCAGUGUACAGGACCAGGGCCCAAUUCCUGUAGGGCCUGUCCGCCUUCCCUCCUGGAGCUGCAAGGCACCAAGCUGUGCGUUGAGAGCUGCCCGCACCGCUUCUAUCAGCUCCAUGACCGGUGCGAACAGUGCCACACGAGCUGUCAGACCUGCAUGGAUGCUUCACCUCAGAGCUGCCUGACGUGUGACUGGGGCAGCACUCUUAAGGACAAAGUUUGCUAUCCACGUUGUGAGGAGGGACGGUACUUUUCAGAUGAGGAAACCUGUCAGUCAUGUGACAGCUCAUGUCGGCAUUGUACCGGCCCCAGAACAGACCAGUGUCUGACCUGUCACCGUGAUUCUGCACUUCACGCCAUGGAGAACAGCUGUGCCCGCUGCUGUCAGGCUGGAGGGAAUGACACUGAUUGCUGUGUUUGCGACAGUCACUCAGCUCUGUGUGUGGAGGCCCCCCAACGCAAGUCAGGAGAUGACCCGAGAACAGAUGUAAACAUGUCCUCCAGACCUCUGAAUCACACCUCAGCUGCCUUACCUGUUUCCCUGUUGCUGGCUCUUGGGUUGGCUCUGACUGUUUUUGCCUUGGUCAAAGCUCACUCCCGGAAAAGGCUUUGCUGGGGCCAAAGCUACGAAAGACUGAGCGGCAGUGCCAGUGUCAACAUGCCCCACGGUGUUCCUGAGCCGGACAGCGGAGAUGAGGUGGACGUGGUGUACACCAGCAGAGGUGGAUCAGUCUAUCGACGCUACAGCUUCAUCCAUGAGCAGGACACUGAUGCAGACCAGGAUGUGGAUGAGAGCACUUGUCUCAAUCUAUCUUAAAUACAUCCAAUCCAGAACCCACAGUGAGGAAUGUAUUGUGAAUGCACACAAAUACGAAUAUUGACAGGUGAAUUGAAAAUAGUUUAGUUAAUGCUUAGAUGAAAAUGUGGUGGUAUGUUUCUUCUUGAGUUCUGGUGUUAAUUCUACAAAGUGCCUAUGUCUUUAUAAUACACAUUCUUAGAAGAGGCAUUUGUGAGUGAAGAAAGGAGAUAUGAAUACAUAUAUCUGUGUAUACAUAUGUGUACAUGGCUUCCUUUUUUACAUGAUAUUUAAGAGGUAUUUGUGAAACAGUGGAAAGAUGAUGUAACUUAAACAAUUAAAAUGUGUAAGACUUCUUGUACAUACAAAUAUAAAUUAAAUAAAGUUCACCUAACGCUCAGAUCAACUUGA